AGUUAAAACAUAGAGUGGUAACACUGCUGGCAACGUUAACACGUGCAAAACAGAAAUUGUUUUCGUUUUUGUUAUUUAUUAUUGCUUAAAUGAGUAGACAAUGAGUGAGACAAAGCAGAAGAUCAAAUAUCUCAUAGCAGAUACCACAGCGUUUAUCAAUGCAGUACCAUUAAAUGAAUACGCUGAGAAUGUUCUCACCGUGCCAGACGUAGUCGCUGAAGUGCGUAAUAAAAGGCAAAUUCGUCGGCUUUGUGUAUUGCCAUUUGAUUUGCAAAUUCGUGAGCCGCGUGCCGAAAGCGUUAAGCAUUGUGUGGAGUUUGCCAAAAAGACUGGCGAUUAUGCCAGUUUAUCUGGCAUCGAUUUGAAGGUGAUAGCUCUCAGCUAUGAGCUAGAAGCCGAUGAAGUUGGAACUGCCCAUUUGCGUACUGAGCCAGUAAUGCCACAAACAAUUGCAUCCAAAGAGCAACCGGAGGUGAUGCAGGAUGUGAAUAAUAAGCGUUUAGUCGGUUGGUAUAUGCCCGAAGGUGAAGAGGAUGAGGAGGAAGAUGAUGAGGAGGCUACAGGCAGUGAAGGCGAGGAUGAAGAUGACAGUGGACAUGAAGGAGAGCCAGAAGAGAACGCAAAGGAUGUUGUGGAUAAGGUAAAAGCCAGCAUUGAGGCUCAAAUAGAGGGUAAAGAGUUACCAUUGGAUAAUGCUAAUGAAAAUGAAAACGAUGAUGAUAUUUCGCAAGAAGAGCUAGAUAAACUCUUUGAUAAAUUAAAGUGCGAGGCAACUGCUGAAGAAGAUCAAGAGACCUGUGAUCUUUUAGUGGUGGCUGAUGCCAAAACAGAUACAACAAUUGAAGAGAACGACGAUGAGCCCUCAACGGCUGCUUCUACUAACAUUGAUGAUGAUGAGGUCGGCAGCGAUGGUUGGAUUACCCAUUCAAACAUUAAGAAGGCCAAAAAGCAACUUGAAGGCAAGGUAGAAGAGGAUCUAUUACCCACGGUGGCAUGCAUGACCACCGAUUACGCCCUCCAGAAUGUGCUAAAGCAGCUAAAUCUUCAUUUAGCCGCCCUUAAUGGACGCAUUAUCAAACAAUUGCGCACCUAUAUACUGCGUUGUUAUGCCUGCUUCAAGACCACCAGCAUUAUGACCAAAGUCUUUUGUCCCAAUUGUGGUAAUAAGACGCUUAAACGUGUCUCCGUCAGCUUGGAUGAGACCGGCAAGCAAGUUAUUCACAUCAAUACACGCCGACCUCUGACAACUAAAUACAAGAAUCAAAGUUUGCCCCGCUUCCAAGGUGGCAAACACUCAAGGAAUCCCAUUCUUUUCGAAGAUCAACCAAUGCCCCGACAAAUGCCAUCGCGUGUGGCCAAAACGAAAACAAAUGCCAUGGAUGAUGAUUAUAUAGCUGGCUUCUCCCCAUUUGUCAUGCGAGAUUUGGACUCCAAAUCGGCCAUGCUGCGCGCUAAAGGUAAUCUUAAAGAAUGGGCUCGCAAUAAUAACUUUGAAGAGGAUCGCCGGCGUAAGAAUUAUAAUAGAUUGUAUAAAUAGAGCUUAGAGAAUACAAUUUGUGUACAGUUAAAUAAAAACAAACAAAUAUUCAUCAAUGAA